UGGAAGUCCAUCUCGUUGAGAUAAAAUAUCCGGCACUUAAACCCGACACAUAGUUCACUAACGCCAGUCGUUAAGUGUUACUGAUAGAUUGGAGAUUCGACUCAUUACGUAAUAUAUGGAAAUUUCAAAAUGAAGUUCCUUUGGCUCCUGUGUGUUCUCUGUGCGGCAAAUUAUGUUGACAGUGCGAACUUUCGUGUUGACCCUCUCGUUCUCAUUGAGCAAGGUCUAGUGCGGGGCCGGAAGUCAAAGGAUAACGUUUAUUCGGCGUUUCUUGGUAUACCAUAUGCCCAGGUCGACUCCAGCAAUCCUUUCGGGCCGGCGGUGUCACCCGCGGCUUUCGAAGAAGAAAUAUUUGACGCCGACGACGCCACAAUCAAAUGUCCUCAAUCGCUGACGUCUUCCGCCAGUGGGACUAAACGAGAAAUAGGUCAAUUGGACUGUCUCUACCUGAACAUCUACGUGCCUAUAGCUGCGGGCAUGUUUAACCCAUUACCCGUGCUUGUAUGGAUACACGGGGGCCAAUACACAUCCGGCAGUGGCGGAGAAUACGACGCACAUGACCUAGUUAAGCAAGGAAUUAUUGUAGUUACAAUAAACUAUCGUCUCGGACCAUAUGGAUUCAUGUGUCUUGAUGACCCUUACAUUACUGGUAACCAGGGAUUCAAAGACCAAUACACGGCGUUGCGAUGGAUCAGACGUAACAUCGGAGCAUUCGGAGGUAACCCUUACAACGUUACUAUCGGUGGCCAAAAUGCUGGAGCUACUUCAGUUUUACUACAUUUAUAUUCAGACAAUGAAAAACUCUUUAAUAAAGCUAUCGUAGAGAGUGGUACGCCUCAAAGCGAAGGCAUGUUCGUAAACAGUGAUUUAGAUGCAGCUAUAAAACUGGCAGCACAUCUCGGACUGAACACUUCUAGCAAUACAGAAGCGCUGACGUUCCUCACAAGCUCAUCACCUCAUAUAGUUACAGCCGCCGCGACUGAUAUUAAUCUUAAACUAGGUCCGUGCAAAGAAAAAUCUUUUAGUAGCGUAGUGAAUUUUGUCGAAACCGAUCCUUUUACUCUUUCUAAUGAAAGGAAAAUCAGAAAUACUCCCGUACUAAUUGGACACACUAGCAAGGAGGAGAAAGGUUCAGUCGAAAUGCAAGGUAAUGAAUACUUCAAGAAGGAUCCUUUUUACGAAAAACUUCGAGAUAAUUUUAAUCUCGACGAAGAACAACUCGCUCAAGCCGCAGGCAUUGUAAGACGCUUUUAUAUUGGCGAUAAACCAAUAUCGUCAGAUGUAAUUGCCCAAUUAGAAGACUUUGAAUCGGAUUUUAUACAUAAUCAUCCAACGCAACGUACUAUUACAAACUUGUUAAAUGAAAAUGCUAAUCCUGUGUAUAAUUAUGAAUUUAGCUACGGGUUUAACGGGGAAGAUGCUUCGCAUUCAGCAGAAAUUGCAUAUCUCUUUCCGGAUUCAAAUGCAAACGAUGAAGCAGCGGAAGAAGAUCGACUGAUUAGUAACCGUAUUACUACCCUUUGGGCAAACUUUGUCAAAUACGGGAAUCCUACACCACAGACGACGGAUCUGAUAUCUGUGACAUGGGAGCCGGUGUCAGAGGAGACCAGACCGUAUCUGGUUAUCGACACUGACCUCAAGCUGGAACACAGGAUCUUCAACAGUCGGAUGGCCUUCUGGGAUUUAUUCUACUCCACCUACGGCAAGCUCAAUAAACUUGCCCGGGAAUGUAAUAUAUAGCACUCUCAAUGUUCGUACCAUAAUCCUUUACGGUAGAAAUGUCAAUAAAUUAUGAACUAUUUUUGUUUUA